GAGCCAGGCGGGCAGACCGAGCGGCAGACCGGCGGGGCUGGGCCACAUAGAGCCGGCCCAGCGAGCCCUCGCGCAGCCCGCGCCGGGGAGGAGAAGAGGCAGCGGCUGCUCGUCCGCAUCCCUGACGGCCCAAGUCCGGAAGGGCCUGGUAGCCAGGGGCCCGGGAACAGAUCCCUCCGACGAGGGCUGGCCCUUGGGAAGGCGCCUUCAGCAGCGGGACCAGGCAGGCCACCAUGACCGAGAACUCCACGUCCGCUCCUGCGGCCAAGCCCAAGCGGGCCAAGGCCUCCAAGAAGUCCACAGACCACCCCAAGUAUUCGGACAUGAUCGUGGCUGCCAUCCAGGCCGAGAAGAACCGCGCUGGCUCCUCGCGCCAGUCCAUCCAGAAGUACAUCAAGAGCCACUACAAGGUGGGCGAGAACGCCGACUCCCAGAUCAAGUUGUCCAUCAAGCGCCUGGUGACCACCGGUGUUCUCAAGCAAACGAAAGGGGUGGGUGCCUCGGGGUCCUUCCGGCUGGCUAAGAGCGACGAACCCAAGAGGGCAGUGGCCUUCAAGAAGACCAAGAAGGAGGUCAAGAAGGUGGCCACGCCAAAGAAGGCAGCCAAGCCCAAGAAGGCUGCCUCCAAAGCCCCAAGCAAGAAGCCUAAAGCCACGCCGGUCAAGAAGGCCAAGAAGAAGCCGGCUGCCACACCCAAGAAAGCCAAAAAACCCAAGGUUGUCAAGGCCAAGCCAGUCAAGGCGUCCAAGCCCAAGAAGGCCAAACCAGUGAAGCCCAAAGCCAAGUCCAGUGCCAAGAGGGCCGGCAAGAAGAAGUGACAAGGAAGCCUUUUCUUACGGACACUCCUCUCUCACUCUCUGUAAAUACUUUUUUCCUUUCUUCUCUCUUGAUUCUCUGCAACCUUUUGCCCCAUUUGCCCUGACUUUAUAAGAGACAGACUUUGGAUUCCUCGGAAAUGGUGGAAUUAGUGCUUUUUCCUUCACCAGUUGUGCAAGGACCGCGACAACAGAUCUCAUCUCUGUAACGAUGAGGAUGUACUUAUAUUUUGUUUUGUUGAUUUGCUAUUAAUCUAUGGGGCUCGGGACUUGGGGGGGCUGUGCGUUGUGUUGGGGGGUUGCUUGACGGUAGACGGGGAAGGAGAGAACAGGCGCCGCAGCUUGUUCUCGCUAGAGGAAAGGGAGCCCAGGAAUCGUAAAGGUCUGUAGGAGUGUCUUUCAGGUUUUCUUUUAAGUUGGGCACCCUGGUGGGAAUUUCCGAAGCUCUGGGGAGAGGCGAGCAGCAGGGGGUCCGAGGCCGGAUCCUCCUCUCCUGGGUCGGCGUGCCCUUCUGGCCUCCCUAUUGUCUUAGGGAAGAGGAGGGGGACAAGUGACAGCUGGCUGGAGAAACUAGCUUCCCCCAGCCAGCUAGGACCCAGCCGUGGGAUGGCGGGGAGACUUCUGUGGCUUCGGCAAAGUCUCUUAACGGGAGCGGAAACUUUGGGGGAAGGAUGGGGAGUCGGUCAGCCAAGUGCCUCAGUGUGCCCUGUUGAAACUUGGGUUUUUUCCACACAAUUUGAUGGAUUAUUGUGUCUUUGGAGGACUUUUUUUUCCCCUCUGUAUUUUGUUCCUUCUCUAAAGACGUGGCUUUGCUUGGUCUGGUAGGGCUCCAGCCCCGCCGCCAGCUGCUUAAAAACCUCCCGACCUCUUUUUACUUCGGAGUCUUUUUUUAAGUAGAUGUAGAUGGGGAGGGGGAGGGGCAGGGAGUGGACGGUAAGACAUACUGCAGUUGAUUUGGAAUUUGCUACGUAGUUAUAGAGCUAGAUCUAUGUGCAUGUGUGUGUAUUUGUAUAUAUGCAUACCUAGGGCUACUACUUAGGUUUUACAUCGGGAGCUGGGAGAAAAAAACCUGUACAGUUGUCUGCCUUUUAUUUUUAAUAUGAAGAUCGCGCACUUGCGCCACCCCGCCCCACCCCCGCCUUUUUUAAACAAGUGUUACUUGUGCCGGGAGAAAUUUGCUGUCGUUGUAAUUUUAAAACUUUAAAAUAAAAUCUGGAAAAGGAAAAA